AUGGAUGCUGGGAGCCAGCUGCGAAUGCCGCAGGCAUGUGAGAAGGAACAUAACUCUGGCGAACCUCCCGCGCAGCGAGCUCUGCUUCCUCCUGACGUUUCAGAAUACCCUCCUGUUCUCCCACCUGCGUCUUCGUCUAAUUUCUUGUUCGUCUCUUCUUCGAAGGUCUUCAUGCUUCCUGAACUCAUCGUCGUCUCUCCUCAGGGCUCGCCAGGGUCAUGGACCCAAAAGGGUGCCUUUGCGAUUGUAGGUCGAAUCGUGCAGCUGUGGAUUGGCGGCACGCCUAGCAAAUACCAGGGCAUCUUCCUUUUUCUUGCUCCAAGAAUAUCGGCGCACACAAAGCCCCACCAGGUGGAUCGCCAUUGUAGCUCAGUGGCUGGUGGUGGAGAAUGUAAAUUCCGCUCCGACGUGACGAUUCAUUCCGGGCGGAUAACGGAUAUUAUUCUAGUCAACGUUGGGUUGGAGCCACUAGGAAAAUACACCACAACCUUCCGUCAACGGUUCCCUCCUCCAGUUAUGCAGUGCCUUGUCCAAUCACAGCCGCCACAACAGCCGAUGAUAGAAGAAUCCCACCAGGAGAUUGUCCCAAGUCUAAAUCUUGCUCAGUUAUCUGCCGCGAUGCGUGACAAUCGGUCAAGCAAGAACCAAUGA